ACUGCUCUUCUUUAUCAAUUGCUAAUUUCAUGUUCUGUGCCAAAAGUUCAAUGAUUUCUUUUGAAGCCACAAGUGCUAGUUAGAGUCAUUAGAUAUUCACAAUUCACAUUAGUCACUAUGAGCACCGCUGGAGAAACAAGCGUAUCGCUAAGAAUCCCGUUCCCCAGCAGGCGUCACGCGGAAAUAGCGUUCGAUGCGCUGCGAGUUGAUAGCGAGCCACACCGUAGCUUCGUAGCGAAAACGAUCAAACACGAGGGGGACAAUUACCUGCUCCUGGAACUAUCCGGCGAGCAGCCGAAAAACGUGCGCGUCGGACUGACCGCAUUCUUGGAGUCGCUUAUUCUGUGCUGCGAAACACUCGAUCAGUUCGGUCCGCCCGUAUCGGAGCAGUAUCUGCACUACUAA